AUGGUAUUUUGGCUAAGUGUGAUCGUUUGUUUUUUCACAUUUGCAACCUCAACUCCACCGGGUGAUCCAGUCAAAUGUGAGUCCGGGAACACAAUAUGCACGGUUACGAAUUCCUAUGGAGCCUUUCCCGACCGUUCUAUAUGCAAAGCGGCCAAGGUGGAGUACCCGAAGACCGAGGCUGAGCUCGUCUCUGUGGUGGCUGCAGCCACUAGAGCUGGCCAAAAAAUGCGGGUCGUGACUCGGUACUCUCACAGCAUUCCCAAGCUGGUUUGCACUGACGGCAAAGACGGAAUUCUCAUAAGCACCAAGCUUCUAGACCACGUGGUUCGAACCGACCGUGAGGCCAUGACUUUGACGGUUGAGAGUGGCGUGACGCUAAGGCAGCUGAUCGAAGAAGCGGCUAAGUUGGAGUUGGCUUUGCCAUAUGCACCGUAUUGGUGGGGACUUACGGUUGGAGGACUGAUGGGGACAGGUGCUCAUGGAAGUUCUUUGUGGGGUAAAGGAAGUGCGGUUCAUGAUUAUGUGACGGAGAUAAGAAUGGUGAGUCCCGGUUCGGUUUCUGAUGGGUAUGUGAAGGUUCAUGUUCUUAGUGAGACUAUGAAUCCUGUAGAGUUUAACGCAGCCAAAGUUUCUCUAGGCGUUCUUGGUGUUAUUUCUCAGGUAACUUUCAAAUUGCAACCGAUGUUCAAGAGAUCCUUAACUUACGUUAUGAGAAACGAUUCGGAUUUUGGAGAACAAGCCGUGACUUUUGGGGAAAAGCACGAGUUUGCGGAUUUCUUGUGGUUACCGAGCCAAGGCAAAGUGGUGUAUCGAAUAGACGACCGAGUUCCGUUCAACACUCCGGGAAAUGGCUUGUUUAAUUUCUUCCCAUUCCGUCCACAACUCACUGUGGCUUUAGCCAUCACCAGAUCCUUAGAGGAGCGUGACGAGUUGUCUAGAAAUGCAAAUGGGAAGUGUGUGAGAGCAAGACAAAUAACAUCCUUUUUGUUUGGAAUCUCAUAUGGUGUGACCAAUAAUGGCUUUGUGUUCACAGGCUAUCKAGUUAUCGGAAGCCAAGACCGUAUGAUGUCUUCCGGUACGUGUCUAGACAGUCCUCGGGACGGAUUGAUCACGUCUUGUCCGUGGGAUCCACGCAUAAAAGGCGAGUUUUUUCAUCAAACAACAUUUAGUGUUCCUCUCACACACGUCAAAAAUUUCAUCAACGACAUCAAAGAACUUGUGAAGAUCAAACCCGAAUCUCUAUGCGUCCUUGAACGCAGCAACGGUAUCCUCAUGCGCUAUGUCACAUCCUCUCCUGCUUUUCUUGGAAAAGAGCAAAAUGCUUUAGACUUUGACCUAACUUACUACCGAAGCAAACAUGAUCCUUUGACACCACGUCUGUACGAGGAUUACAUUGAAGAGAUCGAGCAAAUGGCGAUAUUGAAAUAUAAUGCGUUGCCACAUUGGGGGAAGAAUAGGAACCUAGCGUUUGAUGGCACGAUUACAAAGUACAAGAACGCAAAUGCGUUUUUGAAAGUAAAAGAGAAUUUGGAUCCUUUAGGGUUGUUUUCGACACAAUGGACGGAUCAGAUUCUAGGUUUAAAAGGAAAUGUGACGAUUGUGAAAGAAGGAUGUGCAUUGGAAGGACUGUGUAUUUGUUCUGAGGAUUCUCAUUGUGCUCCGAACAAAGGUUAUUUGUGUCGACCAGGUAAAAUUUAUAGAGAGGUUAGAGUUUGCACUCGGGUAAGUGCCUAA